AUGCUUUCUGGCUUUAUUCUGAGGCCGGGCAAGAUUUGGGGUCUACAGCUGCCCCCCCUUUACCCGACCAGUCGACUGCUGGCCUUUUGUGCCGAGGUGAUCAACUGGAGGGUAAAGGAGUUGACCCUCUUGCCCGGUUUCCCUUCAGAUACACCGUCAUUGCGGCGGAUGAUCCUCUGGGAAGAUGUUGUGUUGUGCGCUUCCGGGAUGCUCCUUUGGCGCGGUAGCUGA